GGAAGAGGGGGAGGAGGUGGCCUCUGCUCCUCCAAGCGUGGCCUCCCAUGGACACCAAGACACAGAGCCUUCCCAACACCCACACCCAGCCCCACAGCAACCCUCGGCCCCAAAGCCACACCUGUAGCCCGUGCACCUGCAGCUCCCACUGCCAAACUUGCAGCCAGAGCUGUGCCCGGAGCCAGAGCUGCAGCCGGAGCCGGAGCUCCAGCCAGAGCCUGACUGGCCACCAGAGCCAGAGUCCGCACCCCAGCCCGCCACCGAGGCACCGAAAGCACAGCAUGCACUCCCACCACUGUCCCCUGCGGCCCACCGCCCAUUCCUGCAGGUACCCCAAGAACAGAAAGAGUUUGGAAGGAAAGGUGAACAAGAGGAAGGUGGCCAAGAGGAGCCAACGGGCAUAUAAAACAAAGAGGCGGAGCUCAGGGUGGAAAUACAACUGAGACGGCACCCCACGGCUUGUUCCUGUGUUGGUUUCACCCA